AUGCCGCCCCCGGACCUCCAGGCCUACGCCCUGUCCCCCGAGGAAUCAGAAAGGAUAUUCCUCACCCAGAUCUACCCGCAGGAAAUCGCCCCUUUUGCCGAGGAGCAGCAGCGGCAUCCUCAUAACAACAAGCAGCCCCUGGCCGUCCUGCUCGUCGGCCAGACCGGCGCGGGCAAGACCCGCACCGCCCCGUCCCUGAGCGCCGCGCUGACGGGCCUCCGCCGCCGCCGGCCCGCGCACUUCAUCGCCGACACCUACAAGACCCACCACCCGGCCUACGCCGCCAUCGCCGCGUCGCCGGACCCGUCCGUCGCGGCCCGCGCCUCGGUCGCCGCGAGCCCCGCCGCGCGCGCCUGGCUGACC